AAUAUAAACACCACGCUCUGUCCGUCCCGGUGUGCCACCUCUAAAAAUGCCAGAAAUGUCUGCUAUGAACAGAAAGUUGAUACAAACUCUCGCUGAAACAAUCUCAAAACAAGUGGAGCACUUCAACAAAACAGAGGUAGAGUGCCUUAUUCGAGAGUUUAACGUACUUUUGGGAGAGCCGACUGUCCCCGGCAGAGCAGUGACCGGCCUGGACAGAGGGAAGUUCAGGAGCAUCCUGCACAACACCUUCGGGAUGACCGACGACAUGAUCAUGGAUGGAGUCUUUAGGACAUUUGACAAAGACAAUGACAGCUUCAUCAGUAUGAGAGAAUGGGUUGAGGGACUUUCUGUUUUCCUCCGAGGGACCUUGGAUGAAAAAAUAAAAUACUGCUUUCAUGUGUAUGACUUGAACGGUGACAACUACGUCUCCAGAGAGGAGAUGUUUCACAUGCUGAAGAACAGCCUCAUCAGACAGCCCACAGAGGAGGACCCUGAUGAAGGAGUCAAAGACCUGGUGGAGAUCACACUCAAGAAGAUGGACCAUGACCAUGAUGGCAGACUAUCGUUCAGUGACUUUGAAAAGGCAGUAAGAGAGGAGAAUCUAUUGCUUGAGGCUUUUGGAACAUGCCUCCCCGACACCACGAGUAUUGAGACAUUUGAGCAGCACGUAUUUCAGGAACAACUGGAACAAUGAAGAAGUCAUU